CGCAACUGCGCGCCGCCAUUGACGCGCUCGCUAUUUCUUUUUGGACAAGACUACUUCCAGCACGACUGCAGAAUACUACUGCAGCGGAAUCUAUUGCUUGCUUCACAACUUACGAGCAUCUUUUCCCUCGUCACCCGGCAUAUCUUUUGCUGCUCAUGUGCCGCUACGACCAUAUACAGCACGCGCCUUUGCUCUAACCUGCCCGCGCUGUGAGCUGCCCGCCAUGGCGGGACUCGGCGCCCUCGACACCCCGAGGACCAACCUGGGCGAUGCGACCUACCUCAACGGCCAGCACGAUCUCGACCUGUCAGAGGAGGUGUCGUUCCAGUCGCCCUCCAAAGACGCCAAUGUUCUGCAGCAACUCCGGAAUGGCGGCAAGGCCAGUAGCUUGCGCACCCCGCGCGGCAACAAACGCGCCCCCUUCUCGGAACGCCACAACCUCCCCGCGGGAAUAGCUGGCCCCGAGUUCACACCACUCCUCAAGUCGGCCACGAGGAGAAGCGCCGCGCGUAGGCGAGGCAAGGAGAAUGUCGCCUCAACCCCCACCGGGCUGCUCGCCCGCAUCGACGAGGACCUGUCCCCCAUACCAACAGUGGACAAUAGCGUGUUUGGCGCGUCGCGCGGCACGCCAUCCUUCGUCGGUCGCACCCCCGUGCCCCAGGUGGACAGCGACAGCACCGUCACAACACCCAUGGUCAUGAAGCGUCGCAACAUGGGCAAGAGCCCUCUACACGACAAGAACCAGCUGUCACUGCGUGAACAGGAGGGCGUCAUAGACCGUAUCGAAAAGGAGAACUUUGGCCUCAAGCUCAAGAUCCACUUCCUCGAGGAGGCUUUGCGCAAGGCCGGCCCCGGCUUCAGCGAGGCUGCCCUCAAGGAGAACACAGAGCUCAAGGUUGACAAGGUCACAAUGCAGCGUGACCUCCAGCGCUACAAGAAGCAUCUGACAUCGGCCGAGAAGGACUUGGAAAACUACAGGCAGCAGAUACUCGAGAUGCAGGACAAGUUCAGGAAACGACACGCCACCGAGGACCAGCGCGUCGAGCUCGAGCGACUAAAACUUGCACUAGAAGCCAAGGAGGCUGACGUGGCGGAUCUACAGCAGCGACUGGAUCAGAGCCAAAGGGAAAACGACAAGGCCGAAAAGCUACAGGACGAAAUCGGAGACCUCGAGGCCGAUGUGCGCGAAAAGGACCGCAUCAUAUCCCAGCACGAAGACGAGCUCGAGGACCUGAACCUGCGUGUCCAGACGGCCGAGGACAAGGCCAAGGACUCCCAGCGACGCAUAGUGGAGCUUGAGGAGAAGGCCCGGGCAAGCAGCAAGCUUCAAGAGGCCAACGACGCCAUCGAGGACCUGGAGGCUGAUGUCAGGAAGCUCGAAAACCAGGUGGAGGAACUCAAGGACAAGCUCCAGGAUGCCGUCGACGCCAAGGACCGUGCCGAAGGAGACCUCGAAGAGCUUCAGGAGGAGAUGGCCAACAAGUCGGUCGUCACCAAGGGCCUCUCGAGGCAAGUGGAGGAGAAGUUGGCUCGUCUCCAAGACGAGGUGGAGGACGCCCACACCAAGUACGCGGCGCUGGAGAAACGAUUCGACGCCAAGGGCCACGAGGUUGACGACAUGAAGCUCAAGUUGAAGGAGUCACGUCAAGAGCGUGAAGCCAUCGACCGCGAACGUCGGUCGCUGGCGGCCGAGGCCCAGGAGCUCCAGGCUGAUCUCAGGGCGACCAGUGAUCAGAAGAGCCUUUUGCAGACGAGGCACGAUGCCCUCACAAACGAGUCGGCGUCCCUUCAGCGGGAUGUUGCCAGACUGCAGCGGGAGGUCUCGACACUCGAGGCUGCCGUGGAGCAGGAGAGGCAGCACGCCCUGCAGAUCGAGCGCAGCGUCCAGAACCAGUCCAAGGGCGAAGCUUCCCGCUUCAAGGGUGAAGUUGCGGAGCUGCGUGCCAGGCUCGAGGAGGCGGAGGAGGAGCGGCAGCGCACAAUACAGAGCGAGCGCAACAGCCGAGACCAGCUCAAGGACGAAAUUGAGCGCCUCAAGGACGAGAUUUCGGAUCUCCAGGCUGAGAUGCGCGAGAAGGACAACAUGUACGACAACGACAGCGAGAAGUGGGAGACAGAAAUGCACAACCUCGAGGCCGAGCGCGACCAGGCAAGAGAGCGGGCCGAGGGCCUGCAGCGCACCAUCGAGAAGCUGCGCGAUGUUGAGGGAGCGCUGUCGAGCAAGGAGUUCAAGCUUCAGCAGGCCAUGGACAGCGAGGCCCAGCGCCACACGAAGGAGGCAGCCGUGCUCGAGCGGCAGAUCGAUGAUCUGCAACAGGAUCUCGAGGCCAGGCAGGGAAUGCUGGAGGACCUGCGCAGGGAGCUGUCGACAGUCCGCGACGAGCUGCGCCAGGCCCGCCUCGACCACCAGACCGAGGUUGACAAGGUCGAGGGUCUCGAGGACGAAAUCGAGGUGCUGCAGACGACACUGGACGAGGAGUCGGAGAGGGCGGCUGAGGAGGUGGAGCAGGCCAGGAGAGAGUGCGACGACCUCAAGCAGCAACUCAAGACACUGCAGGCCGCCGUGGCCGACUCGACCCGCAAGCAGACGUCGGUCUCGCAUGAGGUGGCCAAGCACAACGCCGAGCACCUGGAGAGACUCAAGGCACAGCUGGCAGAGUCGACGGCCAAGUUCACCAGGGCGACCAAGGAGAAGCAGGCUCUGCAGGACCAGCUGGCCAGCCUUGACAUCGACAUGUACUCUCUGCGUGCCUCCCUCGCCGAGGCCAAGGCCGAGAGAGACGAGCUGGAGGGAGAGGUGCGGCUGGCAAAGCUGCAGGGUGCCGACACGGCCAAGAUGGACCAGGAGCGCAUUGAGCUCCGCACCACCAAGACCAAGCUUGACAACGAGGUGCGCCGCCUCAGGGAGGAGAACAAGUCCCUGGCGGUCCGUUUCACCGAGGUUGAGGCGCAGCUGGAGCAAGCCAACCAGAACGAUAACGACGACACCUUCCGGCUUGACCAGGAGCGCAUCACCCUCCGCACCGCCAAGACAAAGCUGGACGGUGAAGUGCGCCGCCUCAAGGAGGAAAACAAGACGCUUGCGGCGCGCCUCCGCGAGGUCGAGGCCGAACUGAGCAUGGCGAGGCAACAGGGCGAGCAGACGGUGCAGCUUGAGCAACAGAGAGGGGACAUCGUUGCGGCCAAGGCGAAGCUCGAAAGCGAGCUACGACGUCUCAAGGAGGACAACAUGGUCCUGGCGGCCGAGCGGGCCGAAAUCGAGGAAGAGCUUUUGCUCCUUUCCAAGCAGAGGGGCGAUCACACGUUCGAACUCGACCAGGAACGCAUAAACCUGCGUGUGGCCAAGACGAAGCUCGACAACGAGGUGCGCCGGCUGAAGGAGGAGAAUAGGCAACUGGCCGAGCACCGGCUCGAGGUCGAGCGGCGAUUCGACGAGGAGAUGGACAAGGCGGUGACCGAGGAGGAGCGGCUGACGCACGAGAUGCUGCAGCUCCAGGCCAAGCUCCGCCAGUCGGGCGAUAACCAGGCGCUCACGGCAGCGCGACGCAAGAUCCGCGAGCUGGAGCGCCGCGUCGACGACUACGAGGCGCAACUGGCCAUCCUCGGCGACGGCCACAACAUCGAGGGCAACAGCGACUUGUCGAUACUACGAAAGGACCUCACCAGCGCCCGCCAGAAGGAGCGUGACUUUGCCGAGCGUGAGGCAGCGCACAAGAGCACAGUGCGCGACCUCAAGCGCCAGAUCUCAGACCUUGAACGCAUGAUGCACGACGCCGAGAUGUCCCGCCUUCUGAUGUCGCCAGCGACAGUCGAGGCCAGCACCCCGGCGGCAGGACGCAGCAAGAUGGAGGCUACCCAGCUGCGCAACCAGCUGGGGCUUGCCCACCAAGUCGGUCAGGACCUCAAGAAGGCCCUACGCGAGGCUGAGCGCAAGUCAUCGACGGUCCGCGAGGAGCUGCAGGCACGCAUCGACGAGCUGGAGGACCGGUCCGCGGCUCUGGAGCAGCAGCUCGAGGACGCGCGAGCGGCGGCCGAGGAGGCGGCGGCGGCGGCGCAGACGACGCUCGCCAAGUACAAGACCAAACUCGAGCGGUACCGGCGCGAGCGUGACCAGUAUGCGGCCGCGCUCGAGCAGCAGAUGCAGGACAACACCAACACGGCCAGCACGGCGGCGACCGAGGUGACGACCGAGGAGCGCCGCGACCUGCACGCGCUGCUUCGCAAGGCACAGCUGGAGGCUGCCGCCUUCGAGCGCGACGUGCGCGAGCAGAAGACGCUCGUCGACGAGCUUAGCAAGGCGCAGGAGUCGCUGCGCAUGAAGCUUCAGCGCGUGCGCGGCGAGCGCGCCGCCUACCGCUCCGAGGCUGAGAAGAUGCGGCGCGAGCUCGGCCAGCUCGAGGUCGGCAACGCCGAGCUGACAAAGGCCAGGGACGAGGCCGAGUCGGCCAUCGUGGCCCACGCGCUCCUGCUGGCGGCCAGGGAGGCCGAGCUUGCGCGGCUAGCAGGCGGCCGUGUCCCCCGUGGCACCCCAGCCAGAGGCACCGCCGGUGGUCGAGGUUGAAGCUGAGGCGGUUGAAGUCGAGGCGGAGGCACAGCAGCCGCAGCAAGGGGAAGAACAGCAGUCCGAGGACAGUGGGGUCGACGUCAACGCCAUCAUGGAGAAGGCCGAGAGGCAGCGUGAGCGGCACAAGCGCGAGAUCCGCGGUCUCGCUAAGCAAAUCGAGUGGAUGCAGGCCCGGUACGAGCGCGAGGUGCAGUUCCGGACCGACGCAGUGUUGGGCAAGCAGUACCUGCAGGCGAAGCUGGAAAAGGCCAAGGCAUACAACAAGCAAGACCUCCGGGUGCUCGAGAACAUCCUCCAGUCCAUCGGCCAGACCGAGAUGCCGAGCCGGCGCAUGAAGGAAAAGGCGCAGGCCGUGGCCGAGACACCUCGCCGCAAGCUCAAGCACGCGCUCCACGCGGUCCGGUUCAUGGUGCGGGCCCGGCGCGCGGCCGAGGCGUGGCGGACGCACCUCGAGACGCGCAGGCAGCUCAAGGACGCUCUCGAGAAGGUGGAGCGCGCCCGACGCCUGCGCCACAUGCGCGACGAGUGGCGCGCCGAGGUCCGCGCCCGCUUCGUCGCCAACGAGGCCGCAGCCGCCGCCGCCGCUGCUGCUGCCUCUGGCGAGGGCGGCGGCGACAACGACGACAGCGCCGCCGACGGCGCCGGGGGCGGGGGCGGGGGCGGGGGCGGCAUCUGCGCCACCGGGUGGCCUGUGGCCGGCGAUACGACGACGCUCAGCAUCGACCUCGGGGCUUGAGCUACUUCUUUUUCACAACUUUUGAUGCUGCUCGUCGUGCGCUUCUUUGUGUUUUAUGGCUCUUUUUUUUCUCGAUACCCUCCGCUGCGUCGCAAAGCCCGUGCUGCUUCCACGUCUUCCACCAUCUAUCCAUCCAGCCCAUCAACCCCCCCUGCGCUGUGGGCUGAACCCGACUUUCUGAUACCUACCUCUUCUCAAGAGGCGUCGAUGGGGCCUAAUUGGUCUAACGCCCCGACACCUCUUGCCGUCUUUUUUUUAUAUCUUUUUUAUUAAUCGGUAAUCACAUCAACGGCCGAACUUUGUUGCUGCGGAGGGAAAAGGGGCGUUUUUUGUUCUGUUAUUUUUGUGUGGACAAAUGUUGGACAGAGCAAUGCUCACGAGACCUGGAUAUACAACCCUGUUGGCAUCACAGCUGUUGGCUUCUUCUUUUUUUUUAUCCCCUCUCAUCAGACAUCGUCGAGGGGAAAGGUGUUUGGGAGCCGAGGCGGGUGUAGGAAGAACUCAAAAUGGGACGGUCAUGGCGUGGCGUUUUUGGCGUCUAUUUCGGUCAGGGUAGUUUCUCGGUCUCUUGCAUUGGGGCUGUUCUCAAGAAUUCAUGAUAUGUAUAUUGGUCGCUUUUAUAGCCAAGCAUUUCGACUGCCUCCUCAGUGCCUUGCGAGCCCCUGAAUGCCACUUGUCAGAAACUCA